AGUUGCGUGACGCGUAGAUAGCGAGAGGGAACUAACAGGGGUGGCCAGGAUAUUAGUCAAUCAGAACAGACAAUACAAAUGAACGCGGUUUGCGCAACGCCCAACAGGGGAACCAGAAAACCUUGACCUUGUCUUUUUCUUUUCUUCCCCCAAACGAUUCUGUCUCUGUCAAUCUGUCUCUGUCAAUCUGUCUCUUCAACAUGGACGUGGAAAAAGGAGCAAGGGAGAACAGCAAUGGGAUCUCGCCAGCGACCGGGAUCUUGGCCCGGCUCAGCGCCCUGGGCCACCUGGAGCAGCGCGGGAUCGAGCGCGUGCCCGAGAGCGAACGCCAGGAGCUCCGGUCGGGCGACUACCUGCAGAUGACGCUGCUGUGGUUCAGCACGAACCUGACGGCCAACAACGUCGCGGUCGGCAUGCUGGGGCCGCUGAGUUACUCGCUGGGCUUUGUCGACUCGGCCUUGUGUGCGACGUUUGGCGCGUUGCUGGGCGCGGCGGGCGCUGCUUACAUGAGCACUUUUGGGCCGGCGAGCGGCAAUCGAACGAUGGUCAUCGCCCGGUAUUUCAUGGGCUACUAUCCCAGCAAAAUCUGCUGUCUGCUCAACAUCGUGAUCAUGCUGGGCUACGGCAUGAUCGACUGUCUGGUCGGCGGCCAGAUCCUGUCGGCCGUGGGGGACGGACAGGUCAGCGUUGUGGGCGGCACCAUCAUCGUGGCGGCCAUCACCUGGCUGGUGGUGGUGUUUGGCAUGACGCUGUUCCAGCAGUACGAGCGCUGGGCCUGGAUCCCCCAGGUGGUCGCCAUGUUUGUGCUGGUGGGCAGCGCCGGCCCCAACUUCGACACGUCCCUGGCGUCGACGGGCGACGCCGCCACCAUCGCCGGCAACCGGCUGUCCUUUUUCUCGCUGUGUCUGUCUGCCGCCGUGGCCUGGGCCCCCGCCGGCGCGGAUUACUACGUGUAUUACCCUCCCUCGACGCACAAGUGGAAGACGUUUGUCAUGACGCUGGGGGGCAUCGGCGCCGCCCUGGUGUUUGCCAACCUGAUGGGCGUCGGGUUGGCGUCCGGGACGGUCAGCCAGACGGCCUGGCUGGACGCGUACGACACCUCGUCGGGGGCGUUGAUUGUCGCGGGCUUCGACGGCCUCGGCGGCUUCGGCAAGUUCCUCGGCGUGCUGGUCUCGUUGGGCCUCAUCGCCAACAACAUCCCGGGCACGUACUCGGCCUCGCUGGGCUUCCAGAUCAUGGGCCGCCGGCUGGCUCGCCUGCCGCGCUGGUUCUGGUCCUGUGUCGGCGUCGUCAUCUACACCGUCUGCGCCCUCGCGGGGCGCAACCAUCUGUACGACAUCUUCGAGAACUUCCUCGCCCUGAUGGGCUACUGGGUCACCAUCUACCUGACCAUCGCGCUCCAGGAGCAGCUGCUCUUCCGUCGCCAGCGUGGCUUCGACUGGUCCGCCUGGCAGGACCGCAGUCGUCUCCCGCUCGGCCUCGCCGCUCUCACGGCCUUUCUCGUCGGCUGGGCCGGCUCCAUCGUCUCCAUGUACCAGAUCUGGUAUGUUGGGCCUAUCGCCGCCCUGGUCGGCGAGUAUGGCGCCGACCUGGGCAUCUGGGUUGGUGUUGGCUGGGCCAUGCUCGUCUUUCCGCCUCUGAGGUGGUUGGAGCUGAAGAAGAUCGGCCGUUGAUUGAUUCUAAUGUAUCCUUCUGUAUUACCACUAUAUAGGAAGACAUUCCCACUUCAAGACUACCUCAUUCUAGCAAGAACACUGCUGAACCGCCAUCCAAAAACAUUCCCCUGCUGAGCAUCGACGUAGAUCCGAUGCAGCGCCUCUUCGAUCUCCUCCGCCGGCGUGUCAAACCCUACCUGGCGCAAUUCAGCGAGCACCCCAGCGCAGCUCUGCAGAUAGACCGGGGUCCAGAGCCAUGCCGCCGCUCGAUUCAAGCCACUGCAGCGGGCAUGGAGGACGUCAAAGCCAUGGGUUGCCAGUAUUUCCGGCAGGUGUUCGGGCCAAUCAAACUGCAGGUUCAGGGCCUGCCAUGCCUUCUCGUACAUGCGUUCAAAGUCAAUGGCCGACUGGACUUGAAGAAGGCUGGGAUCACGAAUCGACUCCU